CAAUUUAUUUUCAUAGAAUGAUGCAUGCUGUAGAUUGGUUUCCAACUAUUUUAGACAUCUCAGGUUUUAACAAAGACAAAAAGAGAAAUAAGUUUUGUAACAUUGAUGGUGUCAGUCAAUGGAAAUAUAUACAGAGGUGUCGAGGAUCCGGUAAAAAUGAAUUUGUGUAUCAGAUAGAUGAUUAUGUGGCCAAAUCUGCAGCAAUUAGAGUUGGAGACUACAAGAUGAUUGUCGGCGAUCCACGUGUUGCUGCUUUCUCAUUCUUUCCUAAUGGUACAAUUUUAAUAAAACCAAUUGAUCCAAACAGCACUGACAUACGCUUAUUUAAUUUAAAGAAUGAUCCUACCGAGAGUAACAAUCUUGCUUCUAGAUUACCAAAUAAAGUGAAGAAGAUGAUGAUUAGAUUGGAUGAAUUACGGAAGGAUAGUUUGCCAACUGUACUUCCUGUGUUCGAAGCGAACGAAAUUGGAAGUCCUAAUAAUAUCGUCGGUACCGAAUGGUGCUCCGUUUGAUUGGAAUAAAAUUCACUGAAUAUUCAUUCUUAUAAUUCAUGGCUUUUAGCAUUUU